GUCUUAUCUCGAGCGGCGUUGUCAGUCGCCCCUAUAUUCCAUCGAUCCUGUCCAUACCCCCAGACAACCUGUGUCUAUGGCGGAAUAGUCAUCACUGUCCAGGCUAGAUGGCACUGCCUCUCCCAGGCUCCCCGUCGUCGUCCAGGGCUAUCUUUCUUGAAAGGCUCAAGCAGAGCUUCAGCGGCGCAGACCCUCGAGUCUGUGUCGCUUUCUGGCUCUUUGGCCUGAUCAACAAUGUCCUCUAUGUGAUCAUCCUCUCCGCUGCGCUUGACCUCGUCGGUCCCAACGUCCCCAAAGGAGUUGUCCUGCUCGCUGAUGUGAUCCCCUCGUUCGGGGUCAAAUUGUGCGCUCCGUACUUCAUCCAUGUCGUCCCCUACUCUAUCCGAAUCCUAGUCUUCGUGGUGCUGUCCGUGGGUGGCAUGCUGCUGAUCGCCCUCACACCGGCUUACACAGAUGGGGGAACAAUCACUACCAAGCUGGCCGGGGUGAUUCUGGCAUCACUGAGCAGCGGCGGAGGAGAAUUGAGUUUCCUGGGUCUCAUCCAUUACUAUGGUCCUUUCGGCCUUGCAGCAUGGGGGAGUGGCACUGGAGGUGCUGGAUUAAUAGGAGCUGGGGCAUACGCACUUGCGACCACGACGAUGGGCCUGAGCGUCGGCACAACAUUACUGGCUUCUGCCUGCCUGCCCGCCAUCAUGCUGGUCAGCUUCUUCCUUGUCCUCCCCUUGGAGCCCCUACGUUCACAUUCCAAGAGACAUCACGGCGGCAAUGCACUACUUCAAGAUGACGACAGUGUCGAGCAAGAGCAAAGAGAGGGACUUCUUGCUUCGCCAGAUGCAGUGAAGCCCCCCUUUUCCUUGAAAUCCAGGAUGUCGACUUGGUCGUUGUUUAGAUACAACUUGACCCGGGCUAAAGGGCUUUUCUUUCCUUACAUGCUACCACUACUUAUGGUAUACGUGGCCGAAUAUACCAUCAACCAAGGCGUGGCGCCGACCCUGCUGUUCCCGCUUCAGAGAAGCCCCUUCAAGCACUUCCGAGCAUUCUACCCGACCUACAAUGCGACAUACCAAGCAGGGGUAUUCAUCUCUCGGUCGUCAACGCCGUUUCUCCGUAUCCACAAUUUAUACUUGCCGUCCCUGCUGCAAGUGGUAAAUUUGGUCGUCUUGACGCUACAUGCGCUGUUCGACUUCAUCCCCAAUGUGUACAUUGUCUUUGCCAUCAUUUUCUGGGAAGGCUUACUGGGCGGCCUCGUCUACGUUAACACGUUUGCCGAGAUCAGCGAAACGGUGCCUAAAGAGGACCGCGAAUUUUCGCUAUCAGCGACCACAGUGAGCGAUUCGGGCGGAAUUUGUAUCGCCGGCUUUAUCGGCAUGGCGUUUGAAGUUUGGUUAUGCAGUUGGCAGGUUCGGCAUGGGAAAGACUAUUGUACGAAGCUGUGACGCAAGUCAGAAAGGGUGUUUUAUGAGGAGGUUUUAUUUUGUCCUUUAUGGGUGGGCGAGUACCUUGUACGCUACUCGUCGGUGAGGCUGUCUCAACAUGAAUAAGGUACCGCAGGCUGUAUGAUAAGUGUACUGCAAUCUCUAGGAGAUGUAGACCAGACAUGCAAAUCACAAGAAUCAGCCA